GGAUUCCCAAUACCUUGUAGAUAGUAUUUAUUAUCUCAAGCCCUAGUCAUAGCCAAGCACUUUUUGAGGCUGAAGCCUGAAUACAGUAAGUAGCAUAUGGGACAGCACGGUCUAGAAUAUCUGUCUAGGUUUGUAAUCGACAAUAGUGAAUAACGCUCCGCUGGUCCUCCGGGGGGGGAUUGCCAUGGAGGCCGAGUAUCUGAAUUGGAUUGAAGAUAUCAAAUAUGGCAAGAAGUCCACGGAAAGAGUUUAGACGAUCGAGCUGAAGUUACCAAACGGGAAAUGGAAGGACGGGAUAGGAUAGGAUAGGAUAGGUAUCAACAAACAUGACUAGUUGCCCGCUACUCAGGAGGUGGGUCUACAUGCUGGCAGGAAUUUUAUCAUCAACCCCUCGGAACAUCGUCGACCCUGGAAAAUCAAAAAAACCAACUAUAUCUUCAGAAAUCACCCUUCUUGGGGAUUUGACACAGGGAGGUCUGUAAGGUUACAUUCUAAAAAUCCCUAAAAAUACUAAGCACACUAAAAAACACUUAAACGAUGUCUGUAGUUUAUCGUAGCCGGUUUUAGCGCCGAGGAGUUUUUCCCUAUACAGGUUGCAAGAGAAGAGAAACAUCGCAUCCCAUCCCAUCACAUCAUCUAGAUGGGCUAAAACACAAAUCCACGACGACAGACGACAGACGACUAAUCGACUGGGCACUAUUCAUCCAAAUUCGAGACAAAAAAAGAAAAACGCACUCUCAUAACUCUUCCAUCAUUUUCCAUCAUUUCCAUCAUGCAUACGACACCAUUACACUAGACGCCCUACACGGACGGCAUGGCACCUUUUAUAACCCCUCCCAGAAUCCUCUUGUUAGAACUUCGGAACACAACGUUGACCUGGCUUUCCUGAAAGUUGUAACAGCGGCUGGUUACUCCAACCCCUUUCCAUUUCAUAAAUAAUUUCCAUUUCCCAGUCCCGAACAUACAUACACACAUACAUACUUCGUACUUUAUUAGACUGCAACCCUUGUGACAGCGGCACAGCGGCAAAGAUACCUACCUAGUACACACGCACACUCCUUCCUGGCAAAAAAAAAGUCUGCAUAUUCGUACCCUGUCGAUCAAUUGAAUCCUGGGAACAGGGCAAUACGACCCCUAGGGUCCAUCAUCAUCAUAGACGGAGAAAGGCCCUCGAUUCGCUUGUUCUCCCGCAGUCAUCCAAUUAUAGUGCUCAAUUCAAAAGUGGCCGUGAAAGUGGUCGCGGUGGAAUACGCAACAGCAACAGUCAGUGGUACUGCAUUUCGGGAACGGGGUUAGGGAUUUCCCUCAAAUGGCCUCGCGGGGUUGAGAGCACUCAGACAUUACACAUGACAGACGCAUCGCCUCCCAAACUCUUCUCGAACCAAUCCAACCUAUUCUUAUGCUUUUGGAUCGACGAUCUCCUUCAGAAAGCAUUAUUCCAUUGCCUCAGUUCAAUGAAAUUAUCAUGUCCAAUCACCAUACCAAAAUAGGACCACAUACAUCUAGCUCCGUUUCUAUAUAACCUUCCUAGCCCCCCCCCUUUUCAAUAUUUUUAUUUUCCAUUCCUCACAUCACACUUUAUACAUAUCACUUGUUGAAAGGUCAACUUCGAGUCCUUCGAUUCAAAUCGUCUACCAAUAGAACUGAGCAUCUUAUUAGAGAUACAAACGCCAGAUUCUUCAAAAUGGAGACUACUUUUAUGACUAUUCACAACCUUACCCCUCAAGCCAACAUUCUGUACGCCUCAGAGUCAAUCUCUGAAAUUCUUGGGUAUGAACCUGAGGAUGUUGUAGGUAAAGCUUGGUUCGAGUAUUUCGAUAAGAACAACGACAAUACUCCAUUUGCUCGUCAAGCUACAAGUCAGGGUGUUCACUUGGAGAAAGCUGCUGUUAUCUAUCAUGCCAGAAUUGCACAUAAGCAACCCCUUGCAGGUGGGAAAACUGACUGGAUUACUUGUGAAUGUGUUUUCACGGUUGUUCAUGAUGUCUUGGUUGCUUGUACGAGUCAAUAUACUGCGGACUCGCAUGAAAAUUACAUGGAUAGAAUUCGUGGAGCUAUCAGAAAGGAAACUUCCAAGAGCUUGGUUAAACGUUUCACUGCUCCUCCAAAGGAUUUGAGAUAUCACAUGUUGGAAAACCUUUCCUUCAAAUUUCGAGACCCAGUUACGGAAACUUCUACCCGCGAACCAAGAGCUGCUUUGAUCCUCAAUCGUUUCACUCGAAGCUUGACAGUCAUGUAUUCCACUGAAGCAAUUGAAAAAGUUCUUGGCAUCAGUAAGGAAUAUAUUGUUGGUAAAAGCUUUUACGAGUGCAUUCAACAACAAUGCUUGACCGAAUCCAUUGCUGCUAUCGAAAGCGCCAAAGGAAACGAUUCCAUCGCUCAUCUCAUCUUUUGGUGUCGCGAUCCACGCCAUCCUCAUGAAAUCGAAGAACUCAAUCAAGCCCUUGAUGAUGCUAGUGAUGUUAGUGGAAGUGAAGAUGAGAAUGAAGGUGAUGCAGUUGGUGGAAAUUCCAACUCAGCACCUUCUCCAACAACCACACGAGCUACUUCUCAACCUAGCAGAGAAAGCGUCAUUCGACGAAACAAUCGUCAAAGAUCUGCUGCUAAUCCCAGUACUGGUCAAGUUUUAGCAGUCUUUCAACAAAUUCAAUUGGAAGCUGUCAUUUCUUGUACUUCGGAUGGCUUGGUUGUCAUUUUGCGUAAAGCUCCUGCUACUUCUCGUAUUGAACAUCAAGCUAUUGCUCCAUGGGGUGUUAAUCCAAUUGCACCACAUGUUGUUCAGCCGGAUCCAAAUGAUCGCUUUGUUCAUGGUCACGAAGCUACGGCUCUUCAACCUGGUGCAUCUAAAGAAGAAUCCAUCAAGAGUAUUCGAGAAGUGGCUGUAUUUGCUUGGGCACUCUGUGGUAUCAAUGGAAAUAUUGGAGCGUAUGGGCGUGGAAUCCCUGGUCCCAGAUCUCAACCUCCAGCAUUACCCGUUUGGAAUCCUCAUGGACCAACCGAAAUGGAUCCGCCGGUUAAUCAAGCAGAAGUGGAUUGGGCUCGAAGAAAUGGGAAGAGAAAGGAAACGGGCCAUUCACUUGGUCAUGUUUUCAGAGAGGAGAGAAAUGAGAGACGAGAGAAGAGAAGAAAGUUGGGCGAAAUGAGACCUGAUGGCUAUGCUCAACAUGAUUAUCAACCAGCCAGUACAACUGGUUAUGCUGAUCAGAAUAAUGGAUAUUCUGGUACUUCCGCUCCUGGAAAUGAAAACGGAAACGGAAAUGGAAUGGGAAAUAAUGGUUAUGGUAAUGGUCAUCAUGGUAAUGGUAAUGGUAAUGGUAAUGGUACUCAUUAAUAGUAUCUCUCCCUACCAGACAAGCUUGUGUAAAGCAACGAGACUUGUAUCCAAUGACUGGACAGAGCGCUGGAUUGAAGGGGGAUUUGAUUACAGGCAAGAGGGGAGGAAAGAGAAAAUCCGAUUUCGACAUGAGAAUUUGAUGCAGUGUUGCGAUGAUGAGUUAGUUAGUUAGUCGUUCUUUGGGGGAUUUUGAUGUGCCUACUUGCAGGGGAUGUUUAUGAUUCUUUUACGAUUCACGGGGUGUUUACAUACCGCUCGAUAUGAUGUGAUAUAACUUGUUGGGAAAGUAGCAAAUAGCUUAACUUAUAGCUUAACUUAUAGCAUAUAGCAACACACUCUUUUAUUUGCUGGAAUGGGAUUUUGGUUUGGUGUUUAGGGAUGAUUGGUUUGUGAAAUUUGUAGUGAUAUAAUAUAUAGUAUUAUGAUAUAUAGUAUUAUAAUAUAUAGCAAUAUAGUAACCCACGGUAACAACCAAACCAUCACCACCA